UGAGCUGAUAAACUCACGGCCGGGAAGGGGGAACACACACCAGUGGAAGUUUUUAUAUUUUUCUCUCCUCUUUCCUUUAUCUCGCUGGUAAAUGUCCAUGGAAUAAGCGCGAUAAUCAACUCGUAGGUGUGCAUUAAACAGUUUUAAAGCAGAGAACGACAUUGGUUAUCCCUUAACGUAACAGCUCGGGGCUAAAGAGUUGGUAUGGCGGACAAGACGGUGGAACCGGAGUCUGUGAGUAUCCCCAUGGAGGAGGCCGUCAUGUGUAAUGGUGGUGGCCAGCCUCAGGCCCUGCCUCAGCCUCAGCCUCAGCCUCAGCCUCAGCAGCAGCAGCAGCAGCAGGAGGCGUCCAUGUUGACCCAUCUGAAGAAGGUUGAGAACCAGAUCACUGAGGCGCAGCGCUUCUCCCACCUACCCAAACGCUCAUGCGUGGACCUGGAGUUCACCGACCUCUCCUACACCAUCCAGGAAGGACACUGCUGGAGGAAGAGAGGUUUCAAAGCCUUACUGAAGUGCCUGUCUGGGAGGUUCUGCAGCCGGGAGCUGAUAGGAAUCAUGGGGCCAUCGGGGGCUGGGAAGUCCACCCUGAUGAACAUCCUGGCUGGAUACAGGGAAACAGGGAUGAAGGGUCAGAUCCUGGUCAAUGGGAAGCCCAGGGACCUGAGGACCUUCAGGAAAAUGUCCUGCUACAUCAUGCAGGACGACAUGCUGCUGCCACACCUCACAGUGCGGGAGGCCAUGAUGGUUUCAGCCAACUUGAAGCUAAGUGAAACUAUGGAUGUGAAGAAAGAACUGGUGAAUGAGAUCUUGACUGCCUUAGGGCUCCAUGAAUGCGCUCACACUCGCACCAGCUCGCUGUCGGGCGGACAGUGCAAACGGCUGGCCAUCGCCCUCGAGCUGGUCAACAACCCUCCAGUCAUGUUCUUCGAUGAGCCCACCAGUGGUUUGGACAGUUCGUCAUGCUACCAGGUCGUCUCUCUAAUGCGUUCCCUGGCACUGGGGGGGCGAACCAUCAUCUGUACCAUUCACCAACCCAGCGCCAAGCUCUUUGAGAUGUUUGACAAGCUCUACAUUCUGAGCCAGGGUCAGUGUAUCUACAAAGGCACAGUCCCUUACCUCAUUCCCUACCUGAAAACUCUGGGCCUUUACUGUCCUACGUACCACAACCCUGCAGACUUUAUCAUUGAGGUGGCAUCAGGGGAAUAUGGAGACUUGAAUCCAGUGUUGUUUGAGGCAGUGCAAGGUGGACUGUGUGCCUUAGAGGAGAAGAAGAACCAGUGUGAUCAGAAAGGCCCUUCAGUCUGUGCAACAAAGUGCCAUGUGGACUCUGGACACAUAGAGAGCCAUACUUUUGCCACAAGCACACUGACACAGUUCUGUAUCCUCUUCAAGAGAACAUUCAUAACCAUAUGUCGAGACCAGGUGCUGACCCACCUCAGACUGAUGUCCCACAUCGCCAUAGGCGUGUUAAUAGGCUUGCUCUAUCUGAACAUUGGCAAUGAUGCCAGCAAGGUCUUCAACAACACCGGAUUCCUCUUCUUCUCCAUGCUCUUCCUCAUGUUCGGAGCUCUCAUGCCUACUGUGCUGACCUUUCCUCUGGAGAUGUCCGUGUUCCUGAGGGAACAUCUGAACUACUGGUACAGCCUGAAGGCUUACUACCUGGCCAAGACCAUGGCUGACAUUCCAUUCCAGGUGAUCUGCCCUAUCAUGUACUGCAGUAUAGUGUACUGGAUGACAGAGCAGCCUCCUGAGGCCAGCCGCUACUUGCUCUUCAUAGCCCUGUCCACCUGUACUGCCCUGGUCGCCCAGUCGCUCGGCCUGCUCGUCGGGGCUGCCUCCACCUCACUGCAGGUAGCUACGUUUGUCGGGCCUGUCACUGCUAUCCCGGUACUCCUCUUCUCUGGAUUCUUUGUCAACUUUGACACCAUCCCUAAAUACCUGCAGUGGAGCUCUUAUGUGUCUUAUGUCAGGUAUGGCUUUGAAGGGGUGAUCCUGUCCAUUUAUGGGAUGAACCGUUCAGAGCUGGAGUGUCCGGGGAAGGUGUGCAAAUUCCAGCAGCCUGAGGAAGUUCUCCAGUUGUUGGAUGUGGAAGAUGCCAAGCUCUACAUGGAUUUCAUUGUCCUGGGCAUUUUCUUCAUCCUCCUACGACUGGCCACCUAUCUUGUCCUCCGCUACAAGGUCAAGUCUGAGCGAUAGGUUUUUGCUUGGCUUGGCUCCCAAAACUCAAGGCCCUCCCUAACUUCAUUCCUGGUCUCUGUUCUGUGCACAGAAAACAACCUCUCAUGCGGGAACUGGUUCAGUUUCAUUUUAUACAUUGCUGCUUAGAGAGCAGAAUCUAAACUCUGAUCUGCUCCACUGCCAAGGACCACAUAGGGCGGUGAAUGAUGGUGAUGAGCAGUGAAGAGCCAUCUCAUGAACCCACAUAUACCUGUUUUACCUCAGACAUCUGGAUUUCAAAUGAAGUGUCCUGCACACAAAGGCAGACCAGCAGUGAGGAGGGCACCACAGGCAAAGAGACUUGGCCACGUUCAGUAGCAGAUACUGCACAUUUCACAACACUGGAAGAUAGAAAUGCUUUGAAAACAGGGCAGAUGUGAUAUGGUUCUCCAAUUCCUGAGUGGGCGUGCAUGUUUCGAUAUUGCACGCCAGCCGCUCCAAUCUGAAUGGUGGCUGACGUAAUAACUCUGGACCCAGGGACUGACCCUGUGAGAGAAGUAAAUACAAGCAGAGAAUGUUUACAACGUCUUUAUUAGCCAAGAAAAAACCUGAGGACAAACUGUUGCACUGGAGAAAGUGUGUUGUGUUGUGCCUGAAAGACUGAAAGUGAAUGACCAUACUUCUAUGAUAACCAUGGGAUCAUAUACACUGGAUGAAAGCUGUUUCUUUGACCUGGUUGUCACUUUGUUCAGUGUUUGCAUUGCAUUAUGACUGAGCUAGGGCAACAAUUAAGAGCUUAAAAGCAUUUAUUUGCUGUUUAUGAAAAUCAAAUCUUUCUUGUAGCUAGAUUUUUUUUAACAAGGUGAUACUUGUAAAGUAAGCCUUUUCUUGAUUACACCCCUAGAAAUUAUGUAUUUUUUCUACUUCCAUGAUCAAAUCCUAAAUCCUCUGAAAAAUCUAAGUUGAAAUACACAUCUUAUAAUCGUAAUAAUUUUAUACUGUCUUUACACCGUGUAUUAUCUGUGGUAUUGUAUGCAUAUGUCAGUAUAUCAGUCUAUUUAAUGCAAGAUAGAUUUAUUAUUGUAUCAUCAUGCUUUUUGCGUCCAAACCAUGUCCAGCACUGCCAUAAAAAGACACUUUAUGAUUAUAUGUAUGUUAUUAUUCAAAGAUAGUGUAUUCAAGCAUUACAACAACAGGACAUUUGUUCAACAACAUGUUCAUUCAGUCAGGUUUGUCGCUAACCAAAGUCGUGUGCUUUGUUUCAACUACAGGUAAUAAUUUUAUGCAUCUGGACUGCUAACAGGGAUACUCAGCUCUUGCACAACAACCAAAGAGAAUUAAGUGUAACUGGAAGUAUGUUUUUCAUUUCAUUUUCAUUUUCAAAGUCUACCUGAAUAAUUUAUCUGCAAUAUCAUGACCAUGUAUGUUCAUUGAUUCUCUGUUGAAACCUGUGAUAUGGCGAUCUCACAGCCAAAUGUUUGCUG